UUCAGACUGGCCCCUGCCUUCUGCUCCUCCCCCGGCUCUUGCCCGCGCUCGCGCUCGCCCCCCCUUGGCAAUCGGGGCGCCCAGACUUGGCGACGCUCCGCGCCCGCCGCGAGCUGCAACGCUGGGUUCCCAGUGCGGGUGAAAGACGCUCGAGGACACGGUCCCCGGAGCUCGGCGCCGCUGAGAGCGGGCUUAAGAAACGGCUUUCAGCCUCCUCGGGAGAAUCAGCAGCGAGUCCAGAGCAAGACUUCCCGAGCUCGCUGGACGCGCCUGCCUGCCCUGGGAGAGACAGCUGCACGCUCCGUCCACCAGACCAAGCUCUCCAUCACUGCAUCCACUCCAUGACCUUCUAGACCAGUUCUCACUUGACAGACCCAGUAUCCAGCUUCCUACCGCCUUCAGUAGAACUGUCUUUGGGGCUCCUUCAUCAGUUCUGGGACAUGGUUAUGGCUGCUUGGACCCAAAGUGUGAACGGAGCUCACCAUUUACACAGGCACCUUCCUGUCAGAAGAAAUGCUGCAUCACCUCCCUUCAUCUAUACAAAAUGGAACACAAGAGAAUAACUGAAUAAAUGGCGGACUCCUUACAAAUGAGAAAUAUACAAAUCUAAGUAAUUUUCAUCCAAAAGAAGGUAACCAACAGUAUCUUUAUAGUGUAGAUUGGAAAGGGGCAAACAUGAACAUCACUAACUGUACCACAGAAGCCAGUGUGGCUGUGAGACCCAAGACUGUCACUGAGAAGAUGCUGGUUUCCAUGACUUUGGUCAUCAUCACCACGCUGACCAUGUUGUUGAACUUGGCUGUGAUCAUGGCCAUCUGCACCACCAAGAAGCUUCACCAGCCUGCCAACUACCUUAUCUGUUCUCUGGCCGUGACAGACCUCCUGGUUGCUGUGCUUGUCAUGCCUUUGAGCAUCAUGUACAUUGUGAUGGAGAGCUGGAAUCUAGGAUACUUCAUCUGUGAAGUGUGGCUCAGUGUGGACAUGACCUGUUGCACCUGUUCCAUCCUCCAUCUUUGCGUGAUUGCCCUGGACAGAUAUUGGGCCAUCACCAAUGCUAUUGAGUAUGCCAGAAAAAGAACUGCCAAACGGGCUGGUCUGAUGGUCCUCACUGUGUGGACCAUCUCCAUCUUCAUAUCUAUGCCCCCUCUUUUCUGGAGGAGCCACCGUCAACUCAGUCCACCCCCGAGUCAGUGCACUAUCAAGCAUGACCACGUCAUCUACACCAUUUAUUCCACUUUGGGGGCAUUUUAUAUCCCCUUGACACUGAUUCUGAUUCUCUAUUACCGGAUUUAUCACGCGGCCAAAAGUCUUUACCAGAAAAGGGGGUCGAGCCGGCAUUUAAGCAACAGAAGCACAGAUAGCCAAAAUUCCUUCGCAAGUUGUAAACUUACGCAGACUUUCUGUGUGUCUGACUUCUCCACCUCAGAUCCUACCACAGAAUUUGAGAAGAUGCACACCUCCAUCAGGAUCCCUCCCUUUGACAAUGAUCUAGAUCAUCCAGGAGAGCGCCAGCAGAUUUCUAGUACCAGGGAGCGCAAAGCAGCACGCAUCCUAGGACUGAUUCUGGGUGCAUUCAUUUUGUCAUGGCUGCCAUUUUUCAUCAAAGAGUUGAUUGUUGGCUUGAGUAUCUAUACCGUGUCCUCCGAAGUGGCUGAUUUUUUGACAUGGCUUGGUUAUGUAAAUUCUCUGAUCAACCCUUUACUGUACACAAGUUUUAAUGAAGACUUUAAACUGGCUUUCAAAAAGCUCAUCAGGUGCCGCGAACAUACGUAGGUUGUCAAAAUUUAAAAAGCAUGACUUUGAAGAGUCUUUUGAAUGGACACGGGUAAGGGGUACCACUUAUUAAUUCCUGAACAUAUUUCAGGAGAGUUUUUAAGUAUGUGUGGUCUGUUUUUGCUUGUUUGUGUUCUUUUGUUUUAUUGAGGCUUGUUAUUAGGUAUGCUGUUUUCUCUGGUCUUAUGUGUAGCAUAUCAUUUCAAAUAAACAUCAAUAAAAAAACCAGAAAUUUCACAGAAGUAAUAAUAAGGUGAAAAAGUAAAUAUUUUUAGCCAUUUCAGGUAAUCCUGAAACAAAUGCCAGAAUAAGUCUUCAUUUGCAGAGUAUCAUUAUUUAUAAAUCAAAUAGCUGAUAACUUGAGUGGCAUUAAAUCUGAGGUUAAAGUUCCAUAUGCAUAUAAAUUCCAGUGGGAACUGCAUGGUCACAUAAAGCAUUAAAAAAUAGUGUGCUGUCAUGUUUACUGCUUGCAGACAGAAGCUAGAGUCAUUUACUGUGACUACAUAGCUCAUUCCUUCCAAGCACAAAUAGUACAGCUGGCAUGCUAUUUUUAGUUCAUGAUAAAAUAACUUUCCUCAUUCUCUAAAGAGAAUCUGGAAUGAAUGCACCAGUACUUUCAUGGUUUUUUUACUAUGAAUAUGAAACAUAAACAAAUAAGAAAUCAUUGAAAUUCACUUUGGUCAAUUUGUUUUACAGAUUUUAAGCAAUGUCCCAGCUAAAUCUCACAUACAUUCUCACUCUCCUGGGGUAAAGUGAGAAUCCUGAGUCCAGAGAGAUAAUACAGUGGGUAGAGCACUUGCCUUGCACGUGGUAGACCCAGGUUCAUUCCCUAGCUUCACAUAUGGUCCCCCAAGCCCUACCAGGAGUCAUCCCUGAGUAUAGAGCCAACAGUUAGCUCUGAGCACAGCCAGUUGUGCCUCAUCCACAAAAAAACAGUGAGUCCAUCUCAGAUUUGUGAAACUUUUAAAUAAAAUUAAUGGGUUUCAGAGAUCAUAUGUGGAAUUAUAUUAUUUGAAGAACUUUGUUGUAAAAAGCUACUCUUCAAAUAACAAGUUGGAUGAUUUAAAAGAAAUUGGAACUUUAAAAUCUACAAGAAAUGCUAACAAUUGGGGGCUGAAGCAAUAGUACAAUGGGUAGGGCAUUUGCCUUGCAUGUGGCUGACCUGGGUUCUGGGUUCGAGCCCCAGCAUCCCAUAUGGUCCUCUGAGCACCUCCAGGAGUAAUUCCUGAGUGCAAAGCCAGAAGUAACCCCUGUGCAUCACUGGGUGUGAACAAAAUAAAAAGAAAUGCUAACAAGAAAAAAAAUCAGUGUUUCCUAAAAUUCCUGCAACUUUCAUGCCAUUCCACUCCUGGGGCUGGGAGGUGAUAAGGCUGACCUGGAGCUACACACUACAUGGUCUGACCUGGAGGGAGUGUCCUCACUCACCAUUAGAUCAAGAACAGUGAUCAAAAUGACCACGUAAAUUCUUAUAUAAUCCUAAAUGAUUAAAUGACUUUUAGAAAAGUCUAAACCUGUUUUUUAUUCCACAACUUACUCCCAAUCCUUCACUCCACAUGUCUCUCUCUCACUCCCUCACUCUUUUUCACUCCCUCUCCCUCUCUCUCACUCUCUCCUUCACACCCCUCCCUUUGAAUUCUCCCCUAAUCUCACCUAUUAAUUAUUUAAGUCCCUUGGAUACUAGAACAAAUUACCUCUAACCUUACUUCCCCAUAAAACUGCUUGCUUUAUCUCUCAACUCUCCACUGAGUUUCUGCACUAAAUUCAUUCUGCUUCAACUUCUUGCCACCUAUCCUUUGAUAUCCAAAUAUGCCCCUCUCAAUUUUCCCAAUACCGAUCUUCUAAAGAUGAUUGGUGAUUUGCAAAUAGACAAACCUGUUGUCUUUUUCUCUUUUGUGUUCUGAUUUCUCAUUCUCUCAAUUAAAACAACUAUCUAUCCAUUUCUUAAACCCAUAUUCUCUUUGAUACUUGAGACUUCUGGUUCUCCAGUUAUCUCUUCAUUCUUCAUCUUCUCUUCUUUAUCUUGGAACUUUGUUUUCAUCUCCUGUCAUUUCAAAUUCCAUUUCAACUUCAAUCAUUUUAACAAUUAGCACCAUGCUGUGGCUCUUUAAUAUAUGCUUCUAAUUUUGAUAGCUCUCAAAUUCCAGCCCUAUUCAUAAUGCCCAAAAGACACAUCCCAUCCUUUUGAAUACUCUGGCGAUGCCUCAGCCAUUCUAAAUCAUUAUCCUGCACUUAAACCUUCAUUCUCUUAGUCUAAAAUAGUAAUAUAACUAUGCUUUUUAUUCUUCUUAGUUAUCUAUCUAUGUGAUUCUCUCUUUGUAGUAUAUCUCUUACUUCCAAAUAGUCUUAAUGUCUUGCAUUUACUUUUUAGAAAGGUUUGCAUGUCUCCUCCUCUUCUCCAAUGAUUUGGUCUUCCCACCGUCUUUUUUAUCUGAUUCACCUACCUCUGGACUCCCCCACCUGCACCUACACUCACUCCCCACUGCCUCCCACACACACACACACACACACUCACACAGUCCCGUUUGCUAUGUCUUCCUAGAGCAUUGGUUUACAGAGUGUCAUCUCCAGAGUAACAGUAUCAGCAUCUUCUGGAGACUUGUUAACAUUGCUAAGUCUGGGACCCCAACUUAAGAUCUACUGAAUCCAGGGGCUGGAGCACAGUGGGUAAGGAGUUUGCCUUGCAUGCGGCUGACCAGGGUUCAAAUCCAAGCAUCCCAUAUGGUACCCAGAGCACCGCCAGAGGUAAUUACUGAGUGCAGAGCCAGGAGUGACCCCUGUGCAUCACCAGGUGUGACCCAAAAAGAAAAAGAAAAAGAUCUACUGAAUCCAAAAUUCUGAGUGUGGGAACCCAUAGUUCUCUAUUUUAACCAACCCUUCAGUAUGCUGUGUGCAUAUUAAAGCUUUAAAAUUGCUAUCCUAAAGUAUAUCAUCAAUUUUUAAUUGCAACUCUCAAAUUCUAUUUCCUCAUCCAUGUUAAAUAAACAUUCACUAAUAUACAAUUCAUGACACCUUCACUCUGAGACUUCAAAUUUUCUUACAGAUUUAUCUCACCCCUUCUUACACACCUCAUAUUCUGGAAAAGUAUGGAUUUUUCUGUGUUAUCUGAGUUUUCCCAACACUUGCUCCCACUGAAACCUGAACCUCUUGGCUUCAUAUAUGUCUUCCACCAACCAUUCACUGUAAAAUCAAGUAUAAUCUUUUAAUGAAAGUCUUUUUGUGAUUCUUUUCCCUUGCCAGAAGUCCUGUCUCCCAAUUUUGUGCUCCCCUGAAUAUAUAUAUGUAUAUACAUUUAUACAUUUAUAUAUAUUCCAUCUUGUUACACGUUUGUUUGUGUACUUUCAUAACCUGCCCUAGUAGAUUGUGAGCUCAUUGAGAGCAGGGACUGUAUCUGUUCAUCUCUGUAUCCUAGAGACUCAACCAUCUUUGUUAACAUACAGCAGACAUUCAAUAAAUGUUUGUUUAUGUAAAUGGCUGUAUGUCUUUUAAAAUUAAUGUGCCAUCUUCUCUAAUUGAUAAAACCAAAUUUUAAAAAUACCAUGAUUUACACACUUCUAAAAUUCCAUUCAAUACUGACAUCCAUUUUUCCCAAAAACUUUCUCUACCACUCCCAACUUUGGUCCCCAAAAUGUUAAAAGUAAUUUUAUGUGGGAAAAAAUGCAUUUCUCACUAAAUAUUAAGGAAUUUCUUUUACUAACUAGGACUUGGACUAAGACACCCUCAAGUGAAAGACACCCCCCGACCCCCGCUCCAAAAUAAUCUUUCAGACAAGAUUUCUUUCUCUCACACAUGACAGGAGUUGGGAGGGCAGCCCAGAAUGCUCCACAGUUAUCUAGGGACAUGAUUCCUUCUAACUCAUGACUAUUCCUGUCCUUCAGAAGUUGAUUUGUUUUUAUGGUCAAAGCCAACUCACCAUGGUACACAUUCAGACCAAAGGAAGGAUGAGAGGAAAGUGGACUGCAAAUUUUUUUUUCAGGAAAUUCUACUUAUACCUGUGAUGCGUGAACAAUAACUUGGUGACAUGGCAAUACCAAGUUUAAAGAAAGAAUUAGAAAACAAAUAUUGAACAAGACAUCCAUGCACCUUGCUCAAAGAAAAAAGAAAAGGAUGGACAUAGAGGUACAGCAGCUGAGCUGUACUAAUGGACGAGCAUUUUCCUGUGAGCAGCUCAAUUAUCACUGGGCUGCCCAAUUAGUGGUUAUCUAGGUAUAAACCAGUUGAGAUUUAAAUAACAGGCAUCUCAACUGAGAUUGUGCAUAUGCUGAAAUGCCAAUAUUUGCCAAGACUAGGAAUAAUGUACAUAUAGAUUAUAUCUACAAGUUAUAUGAACUAUUCAUUUACAUUCCUAUUUUCCUGCAUAUAUCACAAUUGAAACUUUCUGAUAAUUAUAUUAGUUUUUAGUUUUUUUAAGUCUAAGUAAAUUAAGCACAAAAAGUAGAUACAUAAUUUAUUUUCACUUAUGUCUUUUCACUAAUCCAUUUCUAAUUUAUUAGGCAUAACCUAAU